AUGUGGUUCUCCAAAUCACAUUUCAAGCCAGAAGGAAAAACAGCUUUGGUGGUUGGCGCGUCGCAGGGCGUGGGUGCCGAUCUUGGCUUGAGGCUUUUUGAAAAAGGCUGUUCCGUAGUGUUGGUGGCCCGCACCGAGGCCAAACUUAAACAACAAGUUGCUCGGAUCCUCGAUGAAAACAAGAAAGCGCAAAAAGCGCUGCGUCCCAAAGCAAAAGAACCAACUGUUUCCUACCAAGUGUGUGAUGUGGCCGAUUACGAGGCCUGUGAGCAUAUGUGGCACGAGCUUUUGGUAGAAAAACACGUGGACCCAGACUUUAUCUUCUGCUGUGCUGGGCUGUCAAUCCCCAAGCUUUUUGGUGACUUGACAGGCAGAGAGUUGGCCUCAGGCAUGAGCACAAAUUACCUCACCGCCGUAAACACAAUCCACGCGGGCCAUAAGUCGAUCUUGCAAAUGAACGUGGAUGCAGACCCUGCGGGCUUCAAGCCCAGACACGUUGUGUUGUUUUCCUCUACUGUUGCAUCGUUUCCGUUCAUUGGCUACGGCCAGUAUGCGCCAUGUAAAGCUGCACUCAUGUCCCUAUCGGUCAUUUUGCGACAGGAGUUAGUCUCGUAUAACUACAGGGUCUCGUGCGUCUUUCCGGGGAAUUUCGAGAGCGAAGGCUAUGCCGAGGAGCAGAAAACAAAGCCCGAGAUCACCAGGAAAAUUGAAGGGCCCAGUGUGGCCAUUCCUUCUAUGGAAUGCUGCGAUAUUGUCUUGGAUCGACUAGCUAAAGGCUACGAUUCGAUCUACACAGAUUUUAUUGGCUGGGUGCUUGCCUCGUCCGCCCUUGGUGUCAUGCCGCGGUGCUGGGGGUUUUUGCAAAUCUUGGUCUCGUUAAUUUUCCUGGUAAUUGCGCCUAUUGCAAACAUGUUCAUUUACCUGGAUAUCAAGGCAUCAUUCAAG